AGCGCUUGCAAUAUAACGGUAACUAAGGCGGUGAGUAAAGAUGGCCAAAUAGCGACACAUUCACGUUUUGCGUAACGCUGUGUCGGGUUCAUUUCCUCUGGCUUUCAUCAGACGUCCUGUGACUAUGGAAGGAGGUCCUUAUGUCACCAUCCAUGGCCAGAACGUUACCCACAAUCCUCUGUCAGCGCCGGCCAUGUCCAUCGACAGACUGUUCCCGGCGCUGCUCGAGUGUUUCGGCAUCAUUCUGUGCGGCUACCUGGCUGGUCGCAGUGAGGUCAUCAGCGUGGGACAGGCCAGGAGCCUGGGCAGCUUCGUGUCAUGCUUCGCGCUUCCGGCGCUCCUCUUUAAGAACAUGGUGCAGCUCCGGUUUGGCAACGUGGUGUGGGCGUUCCUGUGGAGCGUCCUGAUCGCCAAGUUGUGUGUCUUCGUCCUGGUGUGUGUCCUCACGCUGCUGGUGGCGAGUCCGGACGGCAGGUUCGGCAAAGCUGGGCUGUUUGCCAUCUUCGCCACGCAGAGCAACGACUUUGCACUGGGGUAUCCCAUAGUGGACGCUCUGUAUCGCAGUUCUCACCCCGAAUACACGCAGUACCUGUAUUUGGUGGCUCCGGUGUCUCUGAUGCUCCUGAAUCCGGUGGGCUUCGCUCUGUGCGAGCUCCAGCGCUGGAGGCAAAGCCCUGACCUUAACCACAGCAAGCUGCACAUAGUCUCUACUGUUCUCCUGCGUGUGGCGAAGAACCCGAUCGUGUUCAUGGUGCUGAUCGGGAUCGUCUCUCACUUCCUGUUCGGCGGGCGUGUCCCUCUGUUGCUCGAGGAGUUUGUGGACGGAUUGGCUGACUCGUUCGGAGGCGCGGCGCUCUUUUAUCUGGGCUUGACGAUGGUGGGGCAGAUGGGUAGAGUUACCCGGUCGACAGGGGUCACCCUCAUUUUACUCCUCACGGCUAAACUUCUGGUGAUGCCAUUGAUGUGUAAAGACAUGUUGGAUCUCCUGGACGCACCAGGCAACUCCAGCUCUGCGAACCGAACCGGUCUGUCGGAUUACGCAUUCCUGUACGGCGUCUUCCCCACCGCCCCCAGCGUGGCCAUUUACGCCAGUCAGUACAACAUGCAGCUGGAGGUGGUGACUUCCGGUAUGGUUAUCAGCACGUUACUCUCAGCGCCCAUCAUGUACCUGUCGGCCUGGUUACUCUCCAUCCCCUGGAUGAAGGCGACGCACCUGAUCUCUGAGCUGCAGGAGGUCAGCUUUAACAUCAGCAUCAUCAGCAUCAUCUCACUGGUCUGGACCGUCGCCGUCAUGGUGCUCGGCAAGAAGUUCAAGAGGUUGCCUCACAUGUUCACAACGAACCUUUUCCUCGCUCAGCUGUUGGUGUGUGUAUCGAUGAGCCUGUGGAAGUCAGUGGUUCAGUAUGACAACGUACUGGGACAAAUCCUCACUUUCACACUCCUCUAUGGAGCACUGUAUAGCACUUACAUUUGGACAGGUUUGUUAGCGCUCUCUCUCGCUCUGUUGAAGAAGAACGAACAGCUCAAAGUGCCACCCGUCAUCUUCAUCCUCUUCGGCUGGGGGCUGCCAUUUCUGAUUGUGGGCUUGUUGCUGGCAGCAGGUGAGAGAAUGAGUGACACCGCAGAUGCCGCUUUUUUCUACGGCAAGGCUCAGAUCAUCAGCAGCGCGGUGGUGUUGAGCUGUAGCAUCCUCCUCAGCGGCGUGUCCCUCAUGGGUCUGAGUCAGGGGUCUCAGGAGGAGCAGAAUUACCAGAUCCUGGAGCAGAGCUCGAUGUCGGGCACCACAGAGGACGUCAGGAUCCCGGCCCGACCCGAGGAUCACGACUCGGCCCAGAUCACGCCAUCACACAGCAGUCAGAAUGACCCGACGCCUGAUACGAGAGCAGACCGUCUGAACGACACGUCAGCGCCACCAACAGAUGCAGCACUGAGUGAAGCGUCUAUGUGCUCACGUGUGCAGGAGGAGAGACAGGUGACACGGCACGUGCUGCUCUGUUUGCUGCUCGCUGUCGGUCUGCUCGCCAACCUGUCCAGCUGUCUCUGGUGGCUUUUAAACAGCGAUCCCGGACGCCUUUACCUUGAGCUGCAGUUCUUCUGUGCAGUGGCCAAUUAUGGACAGGGUCUAAUAUCUUUCGGGAUGUUCGGGCUGGAUGAGCAUCUCAUCAUCUUACCAUUUAAAAAGAGGCUGGCAGCACUGUUGGGUGGAGCGAAGGAAACCAGUAGUGCUCCACCCAGCGCUCCAGAGGAGAUAAGGCUGACAUGCACGCAGCUGGUGCGCUACCAUAAAAAUCAGUGUGUGCAAGACAUCGUGCACAAGACAAGGUCUGCUGUCGGUCGCUUCCCGGCCAGCGAGCUUGUCGAUUAUGUACGGCGUGUAGGCGUGGUCAGAGACAGAGGCUCCGAACAAGUCACGUGUCGGAUCGGUUUCCGUGACGACGGCAAGCGGGACGUCACCACAUGCACCGGGAGGCGUUUGACUGGAAUGUUUGUUCUGACAUCCUUUUGCAUGAAGUCCCGGAGGUGAAGGAGAACCCAUGCUCCCUUUAUUAAUAAACCUGUGUUUGGUGUUGCCGUUGUGCAAAGUUAGCAUGAAGUUACUACUGAAUUUGCUGUAUGGCAGAAUCUGAUGAACAUGUUAAUACGUAUUUAAAAAGUAAAUCGUGGCGUGCUGAGCACAUUACCAAUGGAUCAUGUACGAAUCGCUUUCAAUUCUGAAUCUGUACGAUUAUAGAAAACUCGUGGUGAAACUUGGAAAGGCUCAUGUUGUUGUGCAGCGUAGCACAAAAUUCAUGCAAAAAAGAAAAGAAAAAAAGGACGAUUCGACAUGUGCACACUUGGGUUUAAACCCUGCAGGUAUUGUGGCACUGGGAAACAUUUAACAUGGUGCUCUCUUACUGAUUUAAUAUUGCAGAUGGAAAAGAUUUAUUUGUAUUUUCCAAAUGUACAGUAUAAGUGCUGUUUGUUUGUACACUGAAAUGACGAAGUAUGCACUUUGACUUUUGGAUUUUGUAAUCCUGAGCUGCUUGUUUUUUUUUUUUUUUUUUUUUUUUUUUAUUUUAAUAUUUCCUCUCAUCAGGGUUGAAUUCUGAACAUUUCUGUCGAAUUUUCUCAGAGCUGUAUGAAUGUAUUAAAAAUACACAUCUGUUGUGACUGAGUUGUUCAUUUUGCAAACCUACUGUGCAGAUUUUAUUUGCCUGAUUUUUUUUUUCAUAGACGCUGUUGUUCUUGAACAUGUAAGCGACUAUAUCAAUUUUGUGAUAUAUAUGCACAGAGAUGGAUAUAGGAUUGUGUAAACUUCAGAUUAAAGCAUCUUCCAGAAUCUGUGAACAUUUUUGUUCAUGUAAAAGCAGGUGUUUCUUAAAUUAUGCAAUAAAUGUGAA